GAGCGCUAGCGAUAGUUGGAAGACCGAUUGGAAGGUGUUUUUACAAGUCUAAAGAAAAUAAACCUGCCUGCCUAAUCUCAUUCGGCUGUCACGCUUUUAUUUAACACAUGGAUACGGUAAGGAUUUUGUGCCAAUAAUAAAACAUCGCGGUGGUUGUGUUUGACCCGAGUUGCAAUCGAGUUUCACCCUCGAAAUUCAGUAGGGGUGAAAUACCGACAAAGUGAAGUCAGUGUCGAGGAGGAUGUUCGAUCAAUAAUAUAUGCCAAAGAAUUAACUAUCUACGUGCAUACCUACACAGUAUGUAAUAACGCAUGUAUGUAUACAAUAAGUAACAGUAUGUAAUAAGUAUAUUGAAUGGGAUAUCGAUCGAGAAAUCAUAACAGGAACUCGAGGAAUGUGAUGAACAUAAUUUGACGCGCGUUUUGUCUUGUCAGCGUUAAGUUUAUUUAUAAUUAAAACAAACAACAAUUAAACAAUCACGAUGUCGUCAGAGUGGUCAAAAGCAAGGGUAUCCUGCAAUCAACUAUCGCGUGAAAACCGUCAACUGCUGAUCUAAACUCCCGUAUCGGGCAGGUGAUACGAGUGACAGCUACGAACUCGCCGAAAAAGGUGGGAUUACAUGCGAAAAUAGAGAUGCCUCAUGGCUGGAGGCAGCGGCAGGUACAGACAAGGUGGACGUUUAGAGAAAGUAAAUCAACAGCUUUACCAUCCUCAUUUCCAUCCUUGUCGUACGUUCGAGCCACCCGUCACAGAAAGAUUUAAGGAACGCCAAAGAGUAGAAACCAUAAGAAUACGCUUGAGAAAUAUAAAUACUCUUCAAGAGCACAUUCAAAGAAUAUUCACAGAAUCUCUUCACUCAGAUCUUGAAAUAAUAAUCGACUGUAAGGUAAUACGCACAAACCGGUGCAUCAUCAGGACAAGAUCACCAAGUUUUUAUGAACUUCUCGAACCCUACUUUAUAUUUGAUAGUACCUUGGUCAGAUGCGCUCUCAAUGCUCCUGGAACAUUCCGCCUUGUUGAGAAUUUUGUAAGACUUCUCUAUACUAAUUUGGAUGCAACGCAGGAGGAAAUACUGCUAGUAGAGCUUAUCCUAAGUGCAUCUCGAAUAGGGGAAUUGAGAGGUGAGACUGUCAUUUCAAAUCGUGUUCCACCUACAAAUUUGUGGGAAGGUAGCAACGCAGGAAAAAAUUUUGAGCGUUGCCAAAGAGAUGCAUCUGUAGAUAUCAGUCCAGCUUUCUCCGAAAUGGCUGAUUCUGGGCUGGGAACGGGAUCCGUCAGCCCCCGCGACAACAGUGUAUCCGAAACGUCUGGUGUCGACUUGGACGAAUCGCAAGCUACCGUUGAUUUUUCGACCGACGAGGAUUCCAACAAAAUCACCCUCAGAGACGAGGCCUGCGAAAGACGGAACAAGGUCUCGACGUCGGAGCAGCAUGUCAAUCUGUUCAAUCAGAACAAUACCUCCAAUCACGCGCACAAGUCGUCGGAAAUUUCAAUCGCAAAACACAGCACCGACGACACCACAUCUUCGGAUGCAACGUGCUCAUUCGUCAGAGUGGAGCCGCUGUAUGCGGGUAAUUUACGCGAACUGGACUCGUCGGGAUCAUCGGAAGAGAACGCCCAGAAACUUCACGACAGAGCCGAAGAGAUUGCUCGCUACGAGAAUCGGGUGCUCGACGACGCUUUCUACGAAUCCGAAUCCGAGAGCGACGAAAAUGACAGGACAAACUCGUUCGUGCCGACCGAAUCCUUCGAGUUUAUCGACCCCGUGAACAUGUCGCCGAUGACUUCCGACCCCGAAAAAGCGUUGCAGAAAUACGAUAAUUUUAAUAAACAAGAUGAUGAGAAGUCGGACCCCAAUCCGGAGGCGAGGAGCAUGACUAUGGAGGAGCUGCGACACGAAUUGUCGCACUCGAACGACCUACCGAUCAAAAAGAGUUCGUCGAGUACGAGUAGUUAUUAUUUUAUAGACGCUUCGAGUUUGAACGACGAAGGGGAUGUUCCCGUGCCCGAUUCAUUGAGAGAACGUGGCUUCGGUAACCGGAUACCCUCCUACAUUCCAAGUUCCAUUGAUUGUCCUUCGAAUGGCUCGGGGAAUCCUCAGAUCGACGAACAUCAAAGAUUAUCGGGAUCCAGGAGACUGUCGAACUUUCAGACUGGCUGUGAAAAGGUGGCGGAAUUCGAAAAAGAGAUAAAGAUAACCGAGCGUCUGGAACCACUGACGGAAUUGAGGAGGGUGAAACGGUUGGAUUCGACCUCCGAAGACAAGUCGGAGAGUGAGAAGGAAAAAAAUGCUGAGAAGGAAACUCUGGUGGUGGAGAUUAAGGAGGCCGACAGCGGCGAGAGCGCGCGAGCUUCUCCGUGCCCGGAUAAUAGUAAGGGGGCGAUAAACACCGGCAAACCAAAUCGCUGCGAGGAGCACACGGGAUCCGAGACUACGAGCCGUAAAGAUCCUGUGGACCAAACGAGUGAAACGAAAAUCGGGGGUUCGGUUAUUCCCGAAGCAGUGAUCGCCGACGAACCGAGACGACCCUCCCUUAUCAGAAGAAAUACUUUCGAACUCGAUCCGGACGAUGAAAAAAUUUCUAUGCUCAGACAGGAGUACGAACGGCGUCAGGGUAGCCUAGUCUUCAAAAAUUCUAUCCAACAAUACUCCGGGCAUCGCGUUGACGGCGAUUCCUGUUUCGAUCCGACAAUCGUCCCCGAUGUUCCUGUGGCGGACGAGAUAUGGAUGAAACCGGUCGACGCCUCUUUGGAUCAACAACGGCAACCAAUCGUUCUCAGCUCAGUCGUCGCGUGUGCUGCCCAACAAAAUGAGGAUUGUAAGAAUACAAAUAUCGUGACGAACGCUUUUGAGACUGAGAAAAAUGUGGAACAAUCGGUUGAGAAAAGCGUCUCUCUGAGCAGCGAACCGAUUUCCGAUCUAUCGGUGAUUUCCGAACGAGGUAACGAAUGUCCGGAAGUUAUCGAGGUGGUAAGGAGAUCGAAAUGCAUCGAGACGACACCGAUCGUUUCAGGGGGAGCGGCAGCGACCGAUUAUUCGAAGCCGACCGACAGUCCGAUAGUAAGACGGAAAACCGAGUCGACUCCCAUAGUUUCCGGGGGUUCGGUUCUCAUGGAAAAACCCGAGGUGAAAGUGAAACCCGUGAGAAUGUGCAGUUCGAUGACAUCGUGGGUCGUGGAUAUGAGUAAUCCGUUGAAAGAGGAUAAUAAUCGGUUGGCGGGAAAGGACAAGAUGCAGGGAACCAUGUCGCAAAGUUUAUCGAACGUUGAAUCCAUCCAGAAAACUCUCAGGAAAUCAAAAGCCCCGGAGAAAUUGGGUAGCUUGGGAUUUUUCGUUAAUUUGAACGACGCCGAUGUUCCCAAAGAGCCGAUCCCCGUCCCAAAAAAACCGAAGGCCAAGACCGAGAACGGGGAGGAAAAUGGAAACGGUAAGAAUUACUGCGAGUUUUUCAUCGACAUUUCCGAAAAUAAAGGGGAGCCGGCGCAGCCGAAGGACGACGCGACGUUGAAUGGGCGGAAUUCGGGGGGGCAGAGUUCGACGCGAGUAAGUGACAAAAGGAAUAUUUUUUCUAUGUUCAUUGAUCUCGGUGACUCGAAAAAUUCCGUAAACAAAAACAACGGUCACUCCGUGAAACCGGAAGCACGGGACAAGAGCAUCGGGGAUUCGGGGGCACCGGUUCUCGGCACAACGCUAACUGGACUGGAAAAACCUGCGCCGAUCGACCGGCUAAAAGCGAACAACGGUAAUUCCGAUGAGAACGGAAGUAGCAGCGACAGAGAUCAGUCCAUCUCCGAUAAAAGGGAUUCGACGGAACAGAACAAACAAGGCAUUUUUAUGUUCAUCGAGUCUGAUUCUCCGGUGGUGAGACGCCGCACGCUCUCCUCUUCCAGGCCGGCCUUCAAAAGGCACUCGUGGAAUGUAGAUAAGGGAACCGUAGCGAAUGGAAACGGAGGAAACGGUAACGGGCAUUUGGCUAAGGAAUUGGUGUACAGAAAGGAACACAAACGCGCUCACAGUCUUUCGGUGGAUCGCGCUGAUCUGAGAAAAAAUCAAACCAAAACUAGCAACUCGAGUCACUCGUUGAGCGAAGUCGCUCGUGCCGAUACUCUCAACGGUUUGAAUUCCAAGCGAUUCCUCGAACGGGAUGGCAGCCGAAAUAUGGACACCUCGAGCGAGGACGUGUUCGAAUACGACAACCGUGACACGCCGCCAAAUUCGCAUAUCGAGAUAUUCAACGAGGAGUUGAGAGCGUCGGUCAAGCAGCACGAGUACAAGGAGCUGACAUCGACGGAAAUCGCGGAAAAUUUCGACGGCGAAGUCAAGGCGAACGAAGAAGAAUACUCGGAGAUAUCCGUCUGGGACAAAACCGGGACGGAAAGUACGGAGGGUCCGGAUCGAACUCGUAAAAGUGAAACUUUCGACAUAAGCAGCGGCAGUGGGCCGUCUCCGGGUAGCGAUCAUCAGGACUCCGAACUUUCCGAAAUGUUGAACGGAGACGACAUCAAGACCGCCAACAGAUCCCACGUCGCAGCGUCCGUUGGAUCCAAGAUAUUCGAAACCCAAAAAUCGCUGAACGAAAAAAUAAAGAUAAUCGAAUGCGAAUUGACGAAUCACGACGGCGAGACGGACGAACCACCGAGCGGUCACCCAAAAAAUGUCAACGCUUCGAAAGCUGGAGAAAAACCGAUCGUCCAGGAUUUCUCGGGGAACAAAUCCGCCCCCUCCGAUGCGUUCAAUGCGAGCUUCGUAAGACUUUCGGAUCUGGAUAAAACCCCCGUGCGGUUUCACGCCUCUGAUGUCAUCAAGCCCAAGGAGGACCGAAUCACCUAUCGCAUGAGCAGCAGCAUUCCCGAAACUUCUUGGAUAGAGAGUAAGCUAGUCAUGACCAGAUCUACGGGACCGUUGAGGAACGUCCCCCGCAAAUUCACGUCCGCGAUGACGACCUCUCUUCCGUCCAAGCAAAAAUCUUCCCUGGACGAUCUCGGCGUCGAAGGGGAAGGCGAGGGCGUCGUAUCCGAAUCCGAUCUGAGCAGCAUGCAGAGCAGCAUGGGCCGUUCCGGGGCGGACGCGAGCACGGAGGAGACGGAAACAUCUAGUUUGGUAGGAACGAAGCCCUACAACCGGUUGGGAGAGGAUCUUCUGCGGAUGUUUUUGGAAGAAAUAAAUCCCGAUGUAACUAUAGACGUAUCGGGUCGCCGAAUUCGAGCCCACAAAUGCAUUCUAAGUUCCCGCUGUCAAUAUUUUGCCGCUAUUCUAAGCGGUGGAUGGGUCGAAAGUGCUGGCAACGUAAUUGCGCUACAAGGAUAUUCUUACAACUCUGUACAUUUCGCCUUGUGCCAUAUAUACAGCGGUGAAAGCAACAUCCCAGAUACGAUAAGUAUCGUCGAAUUAGCGACGUUGGCAGAUAUGCUAUGUUUGGAGGGCCUCAAGGAGGUGAUCAGUUAUACCCUGAAAGUCAAAUAUUGCCACCUCUUUCACAAGCCAUGUCAAAUUUGUGCAGUUGGCGUAUUGGAAUGUAUGCCACUGGCUGCCGCCUACGGACUAGAUGAAGUCUACAGAAAAUCUCUACGCUGGAUAACUAGACACUUUGUCAGAAUCUGGCCGUGCAAAGCGUUCGCUACUCUUCCCCGUGAGUUGAUGGAUAAAUGUUACCAUCAGCAUAUAGUGCACAUGUCUACGGACAACGUUUUACAAACUAUGAUGGAUUGCGACAAACUCCUGGCUACUUUGCCGAACGUUCGUUGGGCCGAACCCGUGUUCAGACUGGUUUCCAAUCUUUUGGAAACGGCCGUCAAGUUUUUAUCGGAUAAUUUUUCCGGGCUAUUGGGGAACGAAAAGUUCCAUUCGCUCGGACGUGAGUUCAGUUGGAACAUAAGUCGCAUCGAAGACAAUAUCCUCGCAGCUGCAGAUCGCUUGCCACCCGAGCAGGCUUGUAAGAGCUACGCCAGACUUCACAAAAUGUUGAUCACCGCCCAGUCCGAAGAGCUCUGUAGUGAGAGAAAAUGGGGGCCGCUGUUCGUUGAAUUUUUGAAAAAAAUUCACAGUCACGUCGAAAAAUGCUUGGUCAGAGAAGCACCGAGGGCCGCGCGAUCGACGACGUGGCUCAAAAUGGACUUGGAAUUACGACGAAGGAUACAGGAAUUGGCUUGUCUGGUAAUUUUACCGCAUGAGAUAUCGAAGCGUCCCUCUCGCCAUUCUAAUUUUAUGAAGGAACCAAGAGCAACGUCUAGUCGAACGUCUGCGAGUCGCAGUCUGGAUCUGAGAAAAGUAAGAAUGGUGAUAUCGGAGCACAAUGAUAAAACAUUGAAACAACCCACCGUGGCACCUCAAGCAAAAAAGAUACCCAUUAGCAAACCGAAGACGGAUCCGCUAGACCGAAGAAUGCAUCAAGAGAAAUUGACCGCAAGCGACACAGUCAGUAGACCCAGAUCAUGGCCGAAUAAAAUCGAGGUCAAACCGAGGUAUUUGGAACCUCGUAAUAAGUCGGUAACGAAAGAGAUAAUUCCGCAGGGACCGCCUGAUAAGAUGGUUCAGCAAAGGCGAAAAAAUUUAAUUUCCUCCUCCGAUUCUUCACGAACUUCCAGUCCCGCGAUGAAACGUGCCGUAGAUAAGAAGACUUUUGCAAAAAUUAAACUACCGAUCAAAAAAGAUGCAAAGGCACUUUCGACGGACAGUCUGGCGGAGUCAAGCGUGGAUAAGACCAACGGUAGAAAAGAUUUGACGAGUAAGAGUUGCGGUGUAACGCGACCGGAGUCUCCCCAACUGAAGCAAAAAGAUACGGAAACUGGUCUGUCGGUGGAUUCCUUAGCCGAAGCCAAAAAAAUCUCUGCGGUGAAGAAAAAGGCCACGAAAAUGGACACGUCCAUGUCCACGGACAGUUUGAUGGCCGAAACUGUAGGUACGCCAAAAUCAACGGCGUCUAGCAAAUUGUCUCCUACUUUGACGAACCACGGCGUUGGUAGGGGCCAAGGGUUGGAUCGAGGUAAGAAAAUGUCACCCCCGACACAGCACAGGAGCCCACUGACUGUAACGAGGAGGGCUCCGAGAUCAGUCGAGUGCUCGACGGCCGCCAGCCGCAACAGAGCACUUCCUGUAACUCCGUAUCACGGGUCUCCCAGUUUGCGAAGGAAUCUGUUGGACGCUGCAAAGACACCAGACAUUCCCGGUAAGCCAAUACAGUCUAUUACUUCUCGUACAACUGCGAAGCAAGCGAAUCCACAGUUGUCAGGUGCUAGUAUUGUUAGAAAAGAGAGGAAGGGGACUCUCUCUAAUCAACCGAGUGUCGAGAGUCCAAAAAAAUUGUCACCAAAAUCUAGCGGGGCGACCAGAGUAAAUAGAUCUAUGGCUGGAAAUAAAAAAAUCACCAAAGGUAGUGAUGAUAAAAUUAGAACUACGUGCCAUAAUAGUGGGGCAGUUAAACAACCGACUGUUGGUUCUAGAUCGGGAACAUUUCUAAAGGAUGAGCCCACGAUACUUAAAAAGUCAGAUAUCAAAUCAUCGCAAGCUAACUUGUAACUUUCCACUUAUUUGUACAUCUCGUUGCAUAAUUCCUGGUUGCAUUAGUGGUCAUUCGAAUGAGCGCAUCUGAACGCGUGAACUGCCAAGUUUGUUAAUUCUAUUUAUUUUUUUCUUCUUAGCGUGGAUCAGUAUUAUGCGUAAAAGAAUUCUUAAGAUUUUGUGAUAUCCCAUUAUUAGUUUGGAUUAUAUAAUUUAAAGUAACUCAUCGAUGACGAAACUGCAUUUAUUCGACGGCUCGUUCAUUCCAACCAUUUGUUUAUUUAAUACGAUCUUGGAAUUGUUUAUUAUUUUUUCCGGGACUUCACUAGUGUCAUUGCUUUAUUUUUUCCUCACCAUAGACUUGUGAUUAUUUUUACGUCCAAUAUUAUCAUUAGUUGGACAAACUAAAACUACGAUAGCUUAAAAGUGUGGUACUAUAUCCGCUCAUCGAUGCAAUCAUAUGCAACAAAAUCUCAGAGAGAGACUCGCAGUUACACAUGGUAUACAUAAAGGUAUAAUAUGUAUGUUGCAUACUUUUAGCUCGACAAGUACAUGAAAUGGCCAGUUACGAAAUUUGUUUAAUCGUUAGUUAGAUUUUAUUGUUAGUAGUAAUAGUAAUGAGAGUGUACGCAAGUUGUAAUCUAAAAAUUUUCCUGCAAAACACUGCAAUAUUAUUAGGUAUUUCUGAGCAAGAAUAUAAUUCCGCUGCUCUACGAGCAAUUGCCAUUCUCUGGAGAUAAUUCUGGUUCUUGGUAAAAUUAAUUUAUGCUGAAUGAUUUUUUUUUUCUCUUCCUGAAUCAUAAAUGGAAUGUAAUUGUUAGUUGUAUUUAUUUAUUAAAUUUUUAUCUAUA